AUGGACGGCGGGGUUGCUGCGGUGGCCUCCGCCGCUGCGGCUGCGGCCGCGGCGUCGUCGACGGUGACGACGGCGGUGGCGCCUCCCGGGGCGGGGGCGGGGGCGGGCGCGCCGCCGCCGUUCCUGAUGAAGACGUACGACAUGGUGGACGACCCGGCCACGGACGCCGUCGUCUCCUGGGGCCCGGCCAACAACAGCUUCAUCGUCUGGAACACGCCCGAGUUCGCCCGGGACCUCCUCCCCAAGUACUUCAAGCACAACAACUUCUCCUCCUUCGUCAGGCAGCUCAACACCUACGGAUUCAGAAAAGUUGAUCCAGACAAGUGGGAAUUUGCAAAUGAGGGUUUUUUGAGAGGUCAAAAGCAUCUACUGAAGACCAUCAACAGAAGGAAACCAUCGCAUGCAAACAACCAAGUGCAAGUGCCACAGCAGCAACAGCACCACCAGCAGCAGCAUCAGCAGCAACCCCAGCUGCAGAAUGCUCCAAUGCCUUCUUGUGUAGAGGUGGGGAAGUUUGGGAUGGAGGAAGAGAUUGAGAUGCUAAAAAGGGAUAAAAAUGUUCUAAUGCAGGAGCUUGUCAGGCUGAGACAGCAACAGCAGACCACUGACCAUCAGCUGCAGACUUUGGGCAAGCGUCUUCACGGAAUGGAGCAACGGCAGCAGCAAAUGAUGUCUUUCCUGGCUAAAGCAAUGCAGAGCCCUGGCUUCCUAGCACAAUUUGUACAGCAGAACGAAAACAGCAAACGAAGAAUAGUAGCCGCCAACAAGAAAAGGAGGCUACCUAAGCAAGAUGACGGCCUGAACCCUGAAAGUGCAUUGUUGGAUGGCCAGAUAAUCAAGUAUCAGCCUAUGAUCAAUGAAGCGGCCAAAGCAAUGCUGAGGAAGAUCCUGCAGCAGGAUACCUCCCCACACAGAUUUGAAUCCAUGGGCAAUUCAGAUAAUUUGCUACUGGAGAACUGUAUGCCAAGUGCUCAAACUUUUGACAGCUCUUCAUCAACCCGGAAUUCUGCAGUCACCCUUGCAGAGGUCCCAGGCAACUCAGGCAUGCCAUAUAUGCCCACUAGCUCUGGACUUUCAGCAAUUUGUUCAUCUUCAACUCCCCCUGAGAUGCAGUGUCCAGUUCUGGACAGCAACUCAUCCACACAACUUCCCACACAACUUCCCAACAUGAGUGCUGCGUCUUCUAUUCCAAAGGCUAUGACACCAGGUUUAAGUGAUAUCAGCAUUCCAGGAUUCCCAGAUCUGCAUGAUCUCAUAACGGAGGACGCAAUUAAUAUUCCUGUAGAGAAUUUCGCAAUGCCUGGUCCUGAGUGUAUAUUCCCCCUACCUGAUGAAGGCAGUGAUGACUCUGUUCCCAUGGACCCCAUCGACACUGAUGAGACGGAUGACACCCAGAAGCUUCCAGGAAUCAUUGAUUCCUUCUGGGAGCAGUUCCUUUGUGCCAGCCCUCUCUCCAUCGACAACGACGAGGUCGACUCAGGUCUGCUGGACACAAGGGAAGCGCAAGAGGAGAAUGGAUGGACCAGGACCGAGAACUUGGCAAACCUGACUGAACAAAUGGGGUUGCUGUCAUCCAACCAUAGAGGGUGA